AUGUGUGGGACACGUCGUGCCGAGGUCUCUGGGUCCACCAACGUCCAGGGCCGUGAGGUCCUGCCUACAAAUGUUAAGCCCCAGCAUUAUGAUUUGACACUCGAGCCCAAUUUUGAGAAGUUCACAUACGAGGGAACCGUUAUAAUUGACCUCGCAGUUGCGGAAGAUACAGAUUUCAUUUCCCUCAACUCCAACGAGAUCGAUAUUCACAGCGCAGUUGUUUUAACCAAGGGAUCGGUGGUAGACUCCAAGCCUGAAAUCUCUAUGAACAAGGAUGCCCAGACUGCAACCAUCAAGUUCGGACAGGCCCUCGCGGCGGGUUCGGAUGCUCAACUCAAGCUUACCUUCACCGGUAUCCUGAACGACAACAUGGCCGGUUUCUACCGAUCAUCAUACAAGCAGAAUGGCGAGACCAAGUACAUUGCAUCCUCGCAGAUGGAGCCCACGGACGCCCGUCGGGCCUUCCCUUGUUUCGACGAGCCCGCUUUGAAGGCCAAGUUCACCGUGACUUUGGUUGCAGACAAGAGCAUGACCUGUCUGAGUAACAUGGAUGUUGAUACCGAGACUGAGAUCCAGGGUGGUGCGAAGAAGGCUGUGAAAUUCACCACUUCCCCGCUCAUGUCUACUUACCUCGUUGCCUUCAUUGUUGGACACCUUAACUACAUUGAGACCAAGAACUUCCGGGUUCCUAUCCGUGUCUACGCUACUCCUGACCAGGAUAUUGAGCACGGUCGUUUCUCUUUGGAACUUGCUGCUAAGACCCUGGCCUUUUACGAGAAGGCCUUUGACAGUGACUUCCCUCUGCCAAAGAUGGAUAUGGUCGCCGUGCCUGAUUUCAGUGCCGGAGCCAUGGAGAACUGGGGUCUGAUCACAUACCGUAUCGUUGAUGUGCUGCUUGACGAGAAGAACAGUGGUGCGUCCCGAAAGGAGCGCAUUGCUGAGACCGUGCAGCACGAGCUGGCUCACCAGUGGUUCGGAAACCUGGUUACCAUGGACUUCUGGGAUGGCCUUUGGCUCAAUGAGGGCUUCGCCACUUGGAUGUCGUGGUACUCUUGCAAUGUGUUCUAUCCCGAGUGGAAGGUCUGGCAGUCCUAUGUUAUCGACAACCUGCAGAGUGCCCUUUCGCUUGACUCACUACGUAGCAGUCACCCCAUUGAGGUGCCCGUCAAGCGUGCUGACGAGAUCAACCAAAUCUUCGAUGCCAUCUCCUACUCCAAGGGUUCUUCCGUUCUGCGCAUGAUUUCCAAGUACCUUGGCGAAGAUGUGUUCCUCCAAGGUGUUCGCAAUUACAUCAGGAAGCACGCCUACGGCAACACCCAGACUGGUGAUCUCUGGGCUGCUCUGGCUGAUGCUAGUGGCAAGCCCGUGAACUCGGUCAUGGAUAUCUGGACAAAGAACGUCGGUUACCCUGUUAUCAGCGUCACCGAGAACAAAGAAACCUCUUCAAUUCACCUGAAGCAAAACCGUUUCCUGCGUACUGGUGACGUCCGCCCCGAAGAAGAUCAGACUCUUUUCCCUGUUAUGCUUGGCCUUCGUACUGCGAAUGGCGUUGAUGAGAACACCAUGCUCACCGAGCGCGAGCGUGACUUCCCCGUUCCCGAUCUGGACUUCUACAAGCUCAACGCCGACCACUCUGGCAUCUUCCGUACCUCAUACAGCCCCGAGCGCCUCAGGAAGCUCGGUCAGGCUGCCCGUGACGGUCUGUUGAGUGUUGAAGACCGUGCCGGUAUGAUCGCUGAUUCGGGUGCUCUGGCAGCCUCUGGCUUCCAGCGCACCUCUGGUAUGCUGUCUUUGCUUCAGGGUCUUGAUACUGAGUCUCAAUUCGUGGUCUGGAACGAGAUCCUGACCCGUAUCGGUACUUUGCGUGCUGCCUGGAUUUUCGAGAACGGCGAGACCAAGGAUGCUCUCAAGGCCUUCCAGCGCUCGCUGGUUGCCACCAAGGCACACGAAAUUGGCUGGGACUUCCCCGAGAACGAUGACCACAUUCUUCAGCAGUUCAAAGCCCUCAUGUUUGGCUCCGCCGGUAUGGCCGAAGACCCCAUCGUUGUCAAGGCUGCUCAGGACAUGUUCGCCCGCUUUGCUGCCGGUGACCUUUCCGCCAUUCACCCCAACAUUCGCGGCAGCGUCUUCACUAUCGUACUGAAGCACGGCGGCCUGAAGGAGUACGAGGUGGUUCUGGACCGGUUCCGCAACGCCCCGACUUCCGAUGAGAAGACCACUGCCCUGCGCUGCCUCGGUGCCUCUGAGAACCCGGAGCUUAUCCGACGCACUCUAGACCUUGCUAUCAACGGCGAGGUCAAGGCCCAGGAUAUUUACAUGCCUCUUGGUGGUUUGCGUAGCCACACUGCUGGUAUCGAAGACCGCUGGAGCUGGCUCAAAUCUAAUUGGGAUACUAUCUACAAGCUUCUGCCUCCCGGUCUGGGUAUGCUGGGCACCGUUGUUCAGAUGACCACUGUCAGCUUCUGUACCGAGGCACAGCUCAAGGAUGUGGAGCAGUUCUUCGCUUCCAAGGACACCAAGGGCUUCGACCGCGCCGUUGAACAGAGCCUUGAUGCCAUCCGCGCUAAGGUUAACUGGAUCAAGCGUGACCGCGAUGAUGUCGAGCAGUGGCUGAGCAGCAACCGCUACCUCCAGAGCAAGCUUUGA